UCCCACUGCCGAGGUUUUGUAGCCCUUGCUCAUCUCUGCAUCUAUUUGGCGGGAAAAUCGACCAGAAAAAAAACCCCUCGAGGAUAGAGAGAGAAGGUAGAUUGAGAGGCGAGAGAGAUAAUGGCGGAUGAAGGUAAAGAGGAGACGGGAAUGGAUCAAGUGGAGGAAGAUUUCUCUGUGUGGAAGAAGAACACACCAUUUCUCUACGAUCUUUUGAUCUCUCACCCACUCGAAUGGCCAUCUCUCACCGUCCAUUGGGUUCCAUCGCCUCCGGGUCCUUACGCGGCGGACCCUUACUUCGGCGUCCACAAGCUUAUACUCGGAACUCAUACUUCCGGUGGUGCUCAAGAUUUCCUUAUGGUCGCCGACGUCGUUACUCCGGCACCAAACGGUGAACCUGGUUUGCGCGGCGCUAAUCAGGAUCCUGUCAUUCCUAAGGUGGAGAUAAGGCAGAGAAUACGUGUUGAUGGAGAAGUGAACAGAGCGCGGUGCAUGCCUCAAAAGCCUACGCUUGUGGGUGCAAAGACAAGUGGGUGUGAGAUGUUUUUGUUUGAUUACGCCAAACAUGCUGCAAAUCCUCAAACGAGUGAGUGUGAUCCUGAUCUGAGGUUAGUGGGACAUGACAAGGAAGGGUAUGGAUUGUCUUGGAGUCCGUUUAAGGAAGGUUAUCUUCUGAGUGGUUCACAGGAUAAGAAGAUCUGUCUUUGGGAUGUUUCAGCUGCACCGCAAGAUAAGGUUUUGAAUGCAAUGUUUGUGUAUGAGGGACAUGAAAGUGCUAUUGCAGAUGUAUCAUGGCACAGGAAGAAUGAGAACCUUUUUGGGUCUGCGGGUGAGGAUGGUCGAUUGAUAAUAUGGGACACACGGACAAACCAAAUGCAACACCAAGUGAAAGUUCAUGAAAAGGAGGUAAGAACCACUCCCCUAUAUCUCUGCACAUAUCAAACAAUGUUAAAUUAGUUGAAAUGUUUGACAUCGCAAGCC